CAUUGUGUUAUUAAAAGUGUUUAAUGUAUAAAAAGGAAUAUGUUAAUUUUAUCAUAAAAAAUUGAAUGCGACUCGAAGAUGUUGUGAUUGGAAAAAUGCAAGAAAAUAGCAAAGACAACAGCAUUCAAAUAGAAGAUAAAAUAAAUCGUGUGAUCGCUGAUAAAUAAUUUGGACGAAUAAUUCAAAGUGGCACUUAUAAGACGAUACAUUGAAAUGAGUGUAUUUACAGAAUAUAAAUGAUCGUGGCACGUGCUUUUUAUUUGCAAUCAGUAUUCAAAUAUAUAAAUGUGAAAUGGACAUGGAUAUAUAAAUGUGAAAUGGAAAGAUUUGAUGAAAAUUCAAAGUUUGAAUAACAACAGUUCAAGAGAUCACAUUUAGCUUAAUAGCUAAUUCAUUAAACGCCCAUACCGUAAAUCGGCCCACAAGAGAUGCAAUCGAGAUUGAUAAGUGCGUGCGUAAAUGUGAAAAUCACAAUAAAUUUGUUAUCAAAUAUCAGCAGCUAUCUAACUAUUUGUUCCAACUAUGCAUUACAAAUGAGAAAGGUAUAUCGUGCUACUUAAUGUAAUUGGGCAGUGGCGGCAAACAAUACUUACUAUCAAUAUUAUUUAUUCUGACAUUGUGUAUUUUCUUUUAUUUAUGUCAGAAUAAGAAGGUUAUUCGAAUAAAAAGAAUUGUGGAAAUGUGCUGAAACUGUUAUUAUAAGUGAAUAACAACGAUACCUAAUAUUUGAUUCAUGAAUUUGUGUGUAUGGACUAAUAAAACAAACCGAAUACGAAUAAUAAACAAAGUUGAUUUGUGUUUUGAUGAUCAAAAGGAACGUGUUUUUCUAGAAACGGACAACAGCAAUCAUGACCUAUAACCAUUCAUUUCGGAAACGAUUUCAAUUGGAUAGCGCGUGUGUUUUUCAUACUUGUAUACGUGUGUAUUUAAAAGGCAUAAGCGCCAAAUAAGCGAAAAAAGAAAACAUUAAGACGCAUAUAUAAAGAUAUAUAAAGAUAUAUAUAUAUAUAUUUGUAGAAAAUUUCGGUAACACGAUAUUCAUCAUUGAUGUGUUGUUCUCGCUCUCAUUCUGCUCUGCUCACGCCAUUUGCUCUCACUCUAACACAUUCUAACACCUACUAGAUUUCGGUAGUGGCAUUCAUAUUUCAUUUGGAUAGCAAUGUAUCAAAAUUAUUGCUGACAUAAUUCACAUGGACUGCAAGCGUUUUCACCGUUGAGUCACCGCUGAAACAAAUAAAAAGUGAAAACAGAAUAAAAAUAUAAAUCAAACUGAGGUUUCAUUUGAGUUUUUAAGUUUCGGUCCACACAAAUAUGGAAUCCCAGGCGUCAUUCAUGGUGAACUGUAUGCUGCAAAAGCUUCGGCUACAUUCAGUUGUAGACAACAAUACUUACACGAAUUUCAAUAACAUAACUAGUACGUUUAAUUCUACAUUAUUUGGUAACCAAAUCGCCAUUGCCGCCAACGCCGCAGCCGCUGAUGUUGACUACAAUGACAGUCUGCAAACAAAUGCACUUGAUUCCCCAUUGUACAAUCCAAACAUUUAUCAGGAAUUUAUCGGUGAAUGCCUAAAGCCUCAAACAGAACGUCCAUACGAAAUAUCUGUGGAACAAAAAGCGCUAUGGACAUUUUUAUUCGGUACAAUGCUCUUCACGGCCAUCAUUGGAAACAGCAUAGUCAUAUGGAUUGUAUUGGCUCACCGUGAAAUGAGAACGACGACCAAUUAUUUUCUAUUAAAUCUAAGCGUUGCUGAUCUGCUUAUGUCUUCAUUAAAUUGUAUGUUCAAUUUCAUCUAUAUGUUGAACUCUGAUUGGCCAUUCGGCCAAUUUUAUUGCUCGGUAAACAACUUCAUUGGAAAUGUAACAGUGGCAACGUCCGUAUUCACAUUAGUUGCAAUCUCAUUUAAUCGAUUUCAUGCGAUAGUUCGACCUCUGCACCGAAGAAAUUCAAGAAAGAAAGCUCGUCGAUUGUUAUUCAUCAUCUGGAUUCUGAGUACAUUGUUAUCUGCUCCAUGCUUUAUUUAUUCAACGACUGAAUCAAAACAAUACUAUAAUGGUAAAACAAGGACGGUUUGCUUUAUGAUGUGGCCGGACGGAAAAUAUCCAGUUUCAACAUUGGACUAUGUUUACAAUAUCGUCUUUUUGGCGUUUACGUAUGGCAUACCGAUGGUUGUUAUGAUCAUAUGUUAUAGUUUAAUGGGUCGAGAGUUGUGGGGGAGUCAAUCGAUUGGCGAGAAUACAGAGCGUCAAACUGAAUCGGUGAAGUCCAAGAAAAAGGUUGUGCGAAUGUUUAUAGCUGUUGUCACCAUAUUUGCUAUAUGUUGGUUGCCCUAUCAUAUGUUUUAUGUGUAUGCAUAUCAUGAGCCGCAAAUAACGUCCACCAAAUUUACACCGCACCUGUUUUUGGCAUUUUAUUGGCUUGCCAUGUCAAAUAGCAUGGUAAAUCCCAUCAUUUACUACUGGAUGAAUAGACGAUUUCGACAUUAUUUUCAGCGAAUAUUGUGCUUUUGUUGUUUUCGCUUGUGGAAAAUGGACGACACGUUUUUACAACGGAAUUCCAUGUCAAUUGAACGUAAGCCAAGACUCUUGAAACGGCGAACGACCCAAUCGUACAAGCUCAGCGACGGAAAAUACACGACAAAAACAACUCGUACAUAGAAUCAAAUGGCUGGCGUUAUAUUGAAUGACGGUAAUAAUGCACAAAACAUUAUAAUGUUAACGGAAAAUUUGUAAAUGUUUAGGAAAUGGUAAGCUGUGUAUGUGUAUGCGGGAGGGGAACUCAAGCGGUGCUCAUCAAAUAAACAGAUGUUGGAUAGAUACACAUAAAUCGUAAAUUCAUUUGGCAUACCUCUUGAUUAUCAGUCAACGAAACAGUGAUUAAAAUAAUUUGUAAAUGAUAAGAUUAACCA